CGAAAAUACAAGUAGCAACAGUUAUGGAGAUUCGCUUUCAUUUUCCAGUGAGCUAACAUGUGAGCACUUCAAUGGAACAGCUAGGCUGACGUACAAACUAAAAUCGAGCAUGUCCUCUGCCAAUCACUGUCAGCACUCUUAGCCUCAGAAUCAACAGACAGGUUUGUACAACAUGUCAGCGUGCAGGAGGAUGUUUUACUUGGUAAAGCACAGGAGCCUGUUGACGUAUGUACGGAGAAAUCUCACUACAUGGUCUCCCGUUGGAGCUGCUUUCAAUGCCAGACCUCACAGGAAACUGGACCUGUUACAGAAAAAUGUGGGUUUGUUUGGAGUGCCAGAGCUGAGCUGUCCUGCAGGCUUUCAGGUGGCCACAGAGACAGCUCUGAAGAACACGGAGCGUCUGGUGGAGAAAGCCUGUUCUUCUUCUCCUGGAGUUCAGACAGUCCAGUGCUUUGACCAGCUCUCAGAUGAACUGUGUAAAGUGGCCGAUCUGGCAGACUUUAUAAAAGUAGCUCACCCCGAUCCAGCUUUCCGCGAGGCUGCUGAGAAGACCUGUAUCGAGAUCGGCACAGUCGUGGAGAAACUGAACACUAAUGUUGAGUUAUGCAAGAGCCUGAAGAAUUUGCUGGACAACCCGGACAUCGAGGCUCAGCUGGAUCCUGAUACAAGGCGAGUGGCAGACCUGUUCAUGUUCGACUUUGAAAUCAGUGGAAUUCAUCUAGAUGACACACUGAGGAAAGAGGCGGUUGCUCUUCAUGUGAAGUUGCUGGAUCUAAACAACGAGUUCCUGGUCGGCUCCCACAUGCCGAACAGGAUCGCCAGGUCUGCGAUUCCCGAGCACCUACAUCUGAACUUUGCAACAGAAGGAAGCUUCAUUCAAAUCGGGGGACUGCAUGCAGAUUCCCCCAAUGACUUGGUGCGAGAAAUCGCCUACAGGAUUUAUCUCUAUCCCAACGCAGAGCUGAUGGGGUGUUUGGAAGAGCUGCUGAAAUGCAGAUACAAACUGGCCACACUGGUGGGCUACGAGUCCUUCGGACACAGAGCCCUAAAGGGGACAAUGGCCAAAACCCCAGAGACGGUGAUGAGCUUUCUUCAGCUGUUAACAGACAAGCUGUCAGACAGAACAGCAAAAGACUUUAAGAUGAUGAGAGACAUGAAGAAGAAACUCAGCCCUCGACAUUCUGAGCUCAUGCCCUGGGAUCAUCCAUACCUCAGCGGUGUCUUGCGUGCUGAAAGGUACAACAUAGAGCCCAGUCUGUACAGUCCCUACUUGUCUCUUGGUUCCUGUAUGGAGGGUUUGAACAAUCUCUUCUCUCAGCUGUACGGCGUCUCCCUCAUGUCUGAACAACCCAGAGCUGGAGAGGUCUGGAGCGAGGAUGUCCGCAAACUGGCUGUGGUCCAUGAGACGGAGGGAUUACUGGGAUACAUCUACUGUGACUUUUUCCACCGGCAAGAUAAACCUCAUCAGGACUGUCACUUCACCAUCCGCGGUGGGCGCCAGUGCCAGGAAACUGGUCAGUACCAGUUGCCAGUCGUGGUGCUGAUGCUGAGUCUGCCUCACCCUACCAAGGGCGCCCCCACCUUGCUCACUCCCGGCAUGAUGGAGAACCUUUUCCACGAGAUGGGCCACGCUAUGCACUCAAUGCUGGGACGCACUCGCUACCAGCACGUGACAGGAACCAGAUGUGCAACUGAUUUUGCUGAAGUCCCCUCCAUCCUCAUGGAAUACUUUGCCACCGACUACCGAGUCAUCAGCCAGUUUGCACGGCACUAUGAAACUGGAAAGCCGCUACCCGAGAGUAUGGUGGCUCGCUUGUGUGAGUCCAAAAAGGUGUGUGGAGCUGCAGACACCCAGUUGCAGAUUUUCUAUGCAGUCUUGGAUCAGAUCUACCACAGCGAACCACAGAACCGCUCUACCACAGAAAUCCUGAAGGACAUGCAGCAGAAAUUCUACGGCUUGCCUUAUGCGCCCAACACGGCAUGGCAGCUGAGAUUCAGCCACCUGAUUGGGUACGGGGCCAAGUACUACUCCUACCUCAUGUCACGUGCGGUGGCCUCGAUGGUAUGGAAACAAUGCUUCAUAGAGGAUCCUUUAAACAGGGAAAUGGGUGAGCGGUACCGACGGGAGAUGUUGGCCCACGGAGGAGCUAAGGAGCCCAUGCUGAUGGUGGAGGGAAUGCUGCAGAGACGGCCCACCAUCGGGGACUUUGUGGACGCGCUCGUGUCUGAGCUCAACCCAAACUUUGAGACCUUCAUCAUGGACUCUGAGGGUUGAAGGCCAGUUUUGGCUGCAAGGAAACGAACUUUAUGAGGCAAAGAUUGAGAGAACGCUGGAGAAAUCAAAGACAUGCCGUCAUAUUUCAUAGUCACGGUUUCUAAAGAUCUUCAUGCUUUCUGCAAAUGAACAUAAUGUAUAUUUAAUAUAUUUGACAUGUUCUCUUGCUGCACACAGUUAAAAAGUUAAAGAACCCUGAAACUGUU